AUAUUUCCCUUAAAUCAUUUGUCCAAAAGGGCCUCCAAUAAUUCCCCUGGAGAGGGUGUAAGAGCCUUGACGCGUGGACAGUAUCACCUCCACAGGAGCAAUCUAAGAAACCACUGUUCGUUCUCCAGUCUCCAAACAGGACGUAACAGUUGUGAACAUGUACCAAAGCCUCGCCUUGUCCUCCAACCAGUCCCCUUACUCGCAUGACACCGGGAAUUACAUCCACCCUUCGGCCAGCUCUCCGGUCUACAUCCCCACCACCAGAGUCCCAGCCAUGCUGCCCACGCUGCCCUACCUGCAGACCUGCGAGUCGCCCCACCAGUCUCACGGCCUCGGCGGGCACCACGGCUGGCCCCAGAGCGCCGCGGACGGCUCCUCGUUUGCGCCCAGCAGCCCUCACCCUCCGCAUGGCUUCUCCUAUUCGCACAGCCCGCCCGUCAGCAGCAACACCGGCCGGGACGGGAGCUACCAGAGCCCGCUGGUUCUCGGAAACGGCGCGCGGGCGGAGCAGUACGGAGGGGCUCUGGUACGCUCGGUGGGAGGCUCAUAUUCCAGCCCUUACGCGUACAUGAGCCCAGAGAUGGCGACGUCGUCCUGGACGCCGGGACCCUUCGAGAGCGGAGUGAUCAGUCUGCAGGGACGGCAUGGAGGGCUGUCCGGGAGAAGGUCCAGUCUGGACCUGAUGGACGACAUGUCCACCGAGGGCAGGGAGUGCGUCAACUGCGGCUCCGUGUCCACUCCGCUGUGGCGCAGAGACGGCACCGGCCACUACCUGUGCAACGCGUGUCAAUAAAAGAAUAAAAUGCAAAACAGGCCAAAUAUAAAGCUCAGAAACACUCAGACUACAUCUCGUAGGGCCGGCCUUUGCUGCACUAACUGCCACACCAGCACCACCACACUGUGGAGACGCAACGCUGAGGGGGAGCCUGUGUGUAACGCCUGUGGCCUGUACAUGAAACUGCAUGGGGUUCCCAGACCUCUGGCCAUGAAGAAAGAGAGCAUUCAGACCAGGAAACGCAAACCCAAGAUGCCCAAGAAUAAAACAUCUACAGGAUCCACCACCUCUGAGACUAGCUCUCCAACCUCCCUCUCAGUCUCUGAAUACGCCUCCACCAUUAAAAGCGAACCCAGUAUGGCCCCUUCACCCUACGCUGGACAGACCGUUGCAUCUGCCACUCAGACGGCUUCUCAGUUGGACAGCAUCGGCUCAGGACAUGUGGAUAUUAAAUAUGAGGAUUAUCCCUUUACCCCAACCUCCUUGGCCUCACAGAACUCCUGGUGCGCUCUGUCUCAAGCAUGAGCCGCAUCAACCAACAAGACUGAUACACUGACACCACACAGCUCACUUUGGCUCUGUCAUGACCACCUCUCCAUCUUCUAGCUGUUCCUCCUCACUCUGAAGCUGUGGAGGAACAGUCUUCCAUAAACAUUAAACUGGGGCUUACGCAGUAUCUGAUGGCUGAAUGUUUUCAGGCUCACUUGACCUGAGGACAUGGAAUCCGCUCGCCAUAUCAGAUACUGUAACAUACUGACUCAGCACAGCUCACCUCAAACCAUACUUUAGCUUAACAAGAAGACAGGAUACUCGUCCUGGACUGCGGUUUUCAUAAAAGGAUGUGUAUUACCCACAGCACACCCACUCGAUGGCUCAGCCAAAGAACACAGCUGAACCAGGACUAAACACUGACCCUGGCUCUCCUGAACUCACAACAGUAUAACAACAGGAACUACCUAUUAUUAAAAGAAAUCUCUAUUUUUGGAGAAACACCAAAUAUACCAAUGCAAAGACAAUCAAGUGGAAUAUAAAGAUAUGGAUAUAGUAACUCCUUUUUAUAGCUGAUUCUAGUAUCAUUAAGUUUUUGUUGCUGUCGCUGGUGUUCGUCAAUAUCACCCUCACUGCAGUUUGGACGUAUUGUUGUCAUCGCAGGAAGAAAAGCGGAAAAUGGGCAGAAAUGCCAUCUUUAUGGCUGUUGAACAUGUCUCAUUACCAAUGUGUAGAUGAUUAACUUUUAUGGGCACAUUAUUUAUGUUGAGAUAAGGACAGUUAAAAGUCACAGUGGACAGUAAAACCAGCCAGUUAUAGCCCGUUGCUCAUUGCUGUAGAAUGGCUGCUGUGUUGUAUAGCCUCUAAACUGUGACGCUUAGAUUAUAUGAGGGAAUUGUUUUUAUAAGAUACAGCAGAUAUAAACUGCAUCUUAGAUGAUUCAUCUGAAAAUCUGGAGCAGUCAUUUGGAUUCUGACAUAAUGACUACAUAUCAGAAGUGUAAUAUUUGACAAUAAUGAAAGUGCAAUGACUCAGUUUUUCAUUUCAAAAAUUGAAGGCGAAAGGAAAAGAGUGUGAACUAUUAAAACAUAAUAAUGUAAUUUUGUUGUAUGUAUUUUGUCAAUAUGUAAGGGAAUUUUAUUGUUAUAAUGUUCUAAAGAACUCU